GUUGGUUUGUGGGGCGCAGCUGGUUUGAGGUCGAACUGUCGCCAUUGUAACUGCAACCGUGCCUUGGUGUCUGGUGAUUGCGGGAGUGGCGCUGUUUAGUGCUGUGUGCUUGAUACCGUAACAAAAAUUAGAAAAAAAUAGUAAUAAAGCGGUCGAAACGGAGAGAGAGGAGCUGGCAAGUGAGGACAGGUAAAGAACAGCAGCAUCUUGCUGCUCUGAAUAUUUCACCUUGAAGAAUAAGAGAUUGGAAAAAGAAUGGCACAAGACAGUAUUUAUUAUUACAGACUGCCAGCAGUUAGAUUCAUCCCUCUUGUUAAUGUUAUUCUGUUCGUGGAUGGAAUAUCUACAAUUAUACUUUGGAUUUUAGGUGGUCGAUCUCACUACUUGGAAAAUGAUGUACUUAAGUGGUGCUUUUGGCGAUCAACCUUUGACCUUGCAGUAUUUUGCACAAUGAAAACCUGCAUUCUUAUUGUUAUUUUCCUGACAAUGGAGUCCAUUGCCCUUAAGCAGAUUGAUGAUCUUAAUAAUUCUAACCUUAAAAGGAAAAGAGAGCUGUUGCACCUGAUUAGCUUUUUAAUCUCUGGACUCUGGGUUGCAUAUACUGUGGCCAAAGGAAUUACAAUUCUGAUAACGCAGAGUUAUAAUGAGAUGCACCUAACUUUCAAGAUUGUUUGUAUUUCUACCCUGGUCUUCAGCCUGAUUGAGUUCCCCUUUUGUAUUUUUUGCAACAGGUUUCUAAGAAGACUUCAGAUCUUUCGUAUUGUACACAGCAUUGAAGAAGAGAGGGAGAAAAAAAAUAAAGCUGAUCUUAAGCGUCUCUUUUCUUUGGCUAAAGAUGAAAUACUGAUUUGUGUUGGUGGGAUGCUGGCACUAGUUUUCUCCUGUCUUUCACAGAUAGUGGCUCCAUUUUUCUUUGGCAAGGUCAUUGAUAUUGCUAUGGAAUCAAUGGAGGAUCUUGACAGAAUGAUUCUUAUCCUCUUUGGUAUAUACAUUGGUGGUGCUGCUUGUUCAUUUAUCCGUGCCUACUUUUUUGUUCUCGCGGGACACAGGCUGGUAGCCAGACUGCGUAAAAGGCUUUUUGCUUGCAUUCUAAAGCAAGAAAUUUCAUUCUUUGAUGAGAACAGAACUGGUGAAUUGACGAAUCGCUUGUCCUCUGAUACUCAGAUCGUUCAGAGCACUUUAACAGUGAAUCUGUCCAUGUUGCUACGAUACACGUUUCAAAUAAUAGGUUCUGUAGUUCUUAUGUUUGUUGUAAGCCCAGCAUUGACUGGAGUGCUGCUCGCCUCUAUCCCAGUUGUAGCAAUUGGAGGUGUCCUAUAUGGGGAGUUUGUGAAGAGAUUACGAAAAAGAUUUCAGGAUGAACUGGCAGCUGUUGGUGCAGUGGCAGAGGAGACCAUCUCUAACAUUCGUACUGUGAGGACUUUCUGCAGUGAAAAGAAAUGUGAAGAACAGUACAACAAAGGAAUAGAUAAAAGCUAUCUGAUUGGAAAAAAGCUGGCUUUGGCGGAAGGUUCAUUCAAUGGGCUAGUACUCACUAUCUCACAGGGUGCAAUUGUGCUUGUGCUGUGGUAUGGCGCAAAGCUAGUCUAUGAUGGAAGACAUGGAAAAUCUGGAAUCUCUUUUGGAACUCUGGCAUCCUUUAUGGUAUAUUCGAUUAAUGUUGCAAUGGCAUUUGGAAUGUUAGCGUCACUUUAUGGUGACUUCAUGCAAGCUGUUGGGGCAUCUAUCCGUAUCUUUGAACUCUUGGAUCGUAAGCCAAAAAUUCCCUAUGUAGGUGGAAAUCGCUUUGCUUCUCUCGAAGGCAGACUUGAGUUCCAGAGCGUCAGUUUCACAUACCCAACAAGACAGGCAUCCCAAGUUUUGAAGGAAAUAACAUUUGCUGUUGAACCAGGCAACAUGGUCGCAUUGGUUGGUCCAUCAGGUGGAGGAAAAUCAACUAUAGUUAAUCUAAUCGAGAGAUUCUAUGAUCCAGAUUCUGGAAGAAUAUUACUUGGGGGAUGUGAUCUACAAAGCUUGGAUCCACAGUGGUUCAGGCAGAAGAUUUCAAUUGUCAGCCAGGAACCCACACUGUUUGCAACAUCAAUAAAAAAUAAUAUUACAUAUGGAAAAGAGGCUAACAUAGAGGAGGUGGUUGAUGCUGCCCAAAAGGCCAAUGCUCAUGACUUCAUUGUAUCAUUUGAGAAUGGCUAUGACACAAUUGUAGGAGAGCGUGGCAUCAGCCUUUCGGGAGGCCAAAAGCAGAGGAUUGCUAUUGCCAGAGCUCUUGUUAUGGACCCUGUGUUGCUGCUACUCGAUGAGGCUACAAGUGCAUUGGAUGCAGAAAGUGAGCACCUAGUACGAGAGGCCAUUGAUCGGGUUAUGCAAGAGAGAACAGUUUUGGUAAUUGCACACAGGCUUUCAACUGUAAGAAAUGCCUCCAAGGUGAUUGUUGUUGACCAUGGAAGGAUAGUGGAAUGUGGUACCCAUAACAACCUUUUAGAGAAGGGAGGAAUCUACAAGAAAUUAAUUCUUCACCAACUGACUGCAGGCUCAAUAGAGUUUGGAGGUGAUUUCCAGGAGAAUGACUCUUGAAUGGUCCGCAGACACAAGACACCAAAAUUCCUCAGAGAAUACUGGAGCAAUACAGCUAUUGAAGCAGAAGUGCAAUAAAUUGAGUGAAUUGUGUUGGACAUGCAGGAAAGUUUUGAAAUAUGUCUUUUGAUGAAUUAAAAAAACAAGUACAGUUCAUGUGACAAGCACUGUUUGUAACUGUAAACUUCCCUUGACUAGUUGUAGAUUGUUUGAUUGUAAAUUUACAUGCAGUUAUUAAUCUCUAUCUUAAAAAUCUAAAAAAUGGAAGCUUGUCAUGAAGUCUCUUGGCUGUUAAAUAUCUGGGCUACGUCAGUUUCAAAUCACAUUUGCAUCAAUGCUCCACUGAAAAGUAUUUGUCUUCCAUAUGUAAGACUUGUUGUCAGGCACCUUAUGCAAUGUGUGUUAGAAUAAAAUGGGAAACCUGGAUUAUUCUUACGUGGAAAUCAAUUCAAAUUGAAUGACUGAAUGUAAAUUGCUUCCCCGUUUGCUCUAAUUCAGGAGUGUUGUGUGUGAACUGAUGACUGCAUUUGAUAUCAUUAUCCGAAUAUAAUCAUGACAGAAAUGGGUGUAAAGUAGUGCUGCAAAUGAAAAGGUAGCUGUGUAGUUGUAGUGAAGUUCACUGUCUACAUUGAGCUUGCAAGCAGUUGUUAAAAAUUGUAAUUGUAUUUUGUUUGAAAAGAAACUUGUUUUGUAAAAAUUAAGAAUUAGAGUAUAACACCUGAGGAAAUAUUGAAAACAUUUAGUUUGUCUUUUUUCUCCUUCCUCCAUCAUUGGACCCUACUGAGUACUGAGCUACUGGCUUCAACCACCAUGUUGGCACCACGUGGACAUGUGCAUUUUUGAUGAUGUCAGCAGCCUACUCUGUCAUCACAGAUGAACUGCUGGUGUCCAUAAUUCCAGCACAGAUCGCUAUCUAAUGAAUAAAGAACAGACUCCUCCCUAUUAACAAAUGUCCCACAUCUAAGAUUCAUUGUAGUGUCCCUAUCACCAUGGCACCAGAGAUUAAUCAAAUCAAUACAUAACCGAGAACCAAUCCACAACUAACCUGAUCUGUGUAGUUUAGCUACUCAAUUGAUAGGCUCACUGAGUUAGUCUUCCCAGUGAUAGGUGUUUGAGUUAAUUUAAAAAAAAUUGUCCAACUAUUUAGCAAAAUAAAUUAAAACUUAGAAGUAGCAAUUUUUAAUAAUUAAAUUAUCAAUUUUAAUUUGGUGGUGGACAUUGCAAAUUAUUUCUACAACUUCUUUUUCCAAUGAUUCUAUGACAUCCAAAUUAACUCUGUCAUUCAGCACUGAAUUAAUUUAACUAAGUUGCAUUCCUCUGUGUUGAAUUUUCUUCUUGUUGAUUGUGUAAUAUGAAUUGUCUAUUUCCAAUGCUUUCUCAAAGAGAGUUGGGAACAAAUCUCACAUCAUGAUAAGUAUCUGAUAUUGUCUUAAUAAAUAUUUAGAUCAAGAAAACAUUUUAAAAGUUAAGUGGUGAGUAUUGUGAGAGAUUAUAUGAUAUGCACUUUAUAUAUAAAAUGCAAAUCUGUGUUGUCAUGGUGCUAGUUUUAAAUUUUAGGAUGUGAAAUUGGUAAAUGAGUAACCAUUAAUGAGUGGUAUUGAAGAAUAUAUUGUAAUAAAUUUUCACCAGUAUAUGAAAUGUCUGCAGAGUUGUUUGAAAAUUGGUUGUAAAUUGUUGAAUUUAAUGGCAAUAGAGUUUUUAAAAAAUUGUUAACGCAAUUAAUUCUUGGUUACCAAGUAAUAUUAGCCUGAUAUCUCCAUUUGAAGGAAAUUAUUUGCAUUUGUACUAAGACUUGUAAGGAAAUGUAAUUGAAGUUAUUUUAAAGGUAUUAAGUACUAAUUGUGUAAAUAUACCAGAGAAAUGCAUUCAUUUCUCUGCUCCAUCACCUUAAGUCUAUUCUGAACAGGUAUAUUUAAAAUUCUAAGUGUUUUAUUCCUUCAGCUGACUCUCAAUUUUUUUUCUUCACACCUUUCUUCCCAAUAUUUGUAAGUCUGAUAUCAUUAUUUUGGUCUUUGACAUACAAUGAUAAUUGACAGUCCUUGGUCCUGUUCUGCAAUUUGUAAAUACUUCUGGUGUUAUAAUCUGCAUAAAUUUCACAUCUCAUCCUAAAAAAUUAAAGGAUUGUAAUCCAAAGAAAUAUCAAUGUCUGACUGAGAACUGGUAUUGUUUUAAAAUAUACACAGCAACAUUUAAUGGUACUAAAUCUCUCUCUCGAUACUUCUUUUGAGUAUGGAAUUAACUGAACGGAUGCAUUUGGCAGAGUCCAUGUGUUAUCUGCUUCUCCGUAGGUUCCAUACUUUUUUCCUCCCCACUGUGUUGUACGAUAAGAAAUCAACAUGAGUAAUAUUCAGGAUAUUUGAGACAGUCCUCACCUCUUACACUCCUGAUCAUUUUUAAGUGACUCUGGUCAAGCUAUUUUCUUGGGUCAGGGGUAACAGAGAGAUAAGCUACAGGCAUUUUUAACCAAUUGGGGAAAAUGUACCU